CAUUAGCUAGCAGGCGUCUGUCUGUCUCAAAGCAUCACCUAUUCAUUACUGAAGAAAGGCACAAGAUGUCCCACCACAUAGUUGGGAUGAUUCUAGUCUAUCUGCGGAUGGCUGCCUCGGAAGAAGGGGUACAAAUCCUGCAAAGCCCAGCACAGCUGUGGCUGACUUCUGGACAGACUGCAAAGCUGUACUGUAGAAUAUCAAAAGAAGAAUGGCGAGUUCUGUGGUACAAGGAACAACAGAAUGGAAGUUUACAUGGCAUUCAUCAGAGUUCUGAGUUUGAACCUUCAAAUGGAAAAUACUCAAGUAAAGUGAACAUUACGGCAAACACGUUUUCUCUACUUAUCAGUAACGUACAAAGAGAUGACUCAGGGGUUUAUUACUGUGGCCUCUCUACCUCUAUGUAUCUACAGCCCAACUUUGGGAAUGGGACCAGACUAAUUGUCACAGAUGCCUCCGAGCCGACUCUUUCCAUCCUGGUUCCCUCCAACCCAGAGGAUGCUGAGCUUCCCCCCAUCAUUCCUCUGCUCUGCCUGCUCUCUGAUUUCACUCCUCCCUGGAGUGCUGUUCUCUGGGACAUGGGUGAGGAGGUGUCUCAGGGUCUGAUGGAUGCUGGAGCCAUAGACGGGAAUGGGGUCUUUAGUGUUUGGAGCCUAAUGAUAAUCCCUUCUGAGACGUGGAACCAGGAGACGAUCUGCAAUUGCACAGCCAAGGAGAGCAGCACGGGGAGAAGCAUCAGUGCUACAGUCUCCAGGGAAACAGAGAGACAAGACGCUGGAGACUGUGGGAUUGUGUUCUACGCUGGGCUGCCCUGUAUUUUCAUCCUUCUCCUCAUCCAGCUGUUGAUCUUGCUCUGGAGAAAGUGCUCUAUCAGAGGGAGAGCUGUGCAAAGACAGAAGGAAAUACCUAUGAGGCAGAUCCCACAGACUGAAUAUGCAACUCUGACGUACAAUAACUGAAAUGCUCCUCAGUGACUGAUGUAGUCUCACAAAAGUGGUUUAUAUUUUUUAAAACAAGAAAUGCAAAAAGAAAUAAUGAAAGAGAAAGAGAGAAAUACGGAAAGUCUCAUGUUUGUAAUGUGCUAUGAUGUGAUGUGCGUUUGCCUGAAAUACAACCACUUUCAUAGUCAGUUCUCUGAACCCGCAGUCUCCAUUCUGCAAAAAAGCCGCAUGGGGUCAUUAGCGAUUUCCCUGCAGGUCCGUGCGGCAUUGAUUUUCCAUCUCAUGUCAAACAUGUCACUUCCUGCACCAUAGCCCCCUGUCACAGAAUUCACUCACCACAGGGCACCUCCUUCUGACUGCUCAUGGGAUUAGCUCCUCCUAAUUAACUCCUCCUUUCUCAACUGCAAACCUUAACACAAUGAUUAAUGCAAAACCUUUACCCACGAAAGACAAAAGAAGAAACUUGGCGAACAGCAUGAUUGUAACAAACAAUAGCCUGAAAGAUGAAAUCUAAAAGCUCACUUCUCGUACGCUGCUUAAGAGCAAAAGGUCCAACAUCCUGGUCAGCUCGGGUGACGAACGCCUCCUGAGGGGAUGUGCUGGGGAUCUGUUGCGGCAUUUGAUGAAAUAUGGAUAUAUUUUAAUGAUUCAGAAUAACAAAAUGAACACCAGGAAGUCACACAUUGUAGAAUGUGCAAGAGACAGUUCAACGCAAAACAACAUCUAGUGCAGAGACAGCACGUACCAGGGCUGUCUGACAGGUCAGACAACAGCAUACAAGAGUGGUUAAUGGUGCAAUUGUGUGGACAGCAUUGUACCUUCUGCCUAUUGCAAAUGAUUUUCCCAUGAGAUCAGCACCCACCAUUGGGGCCAGAAUUUUAAAGAGCCCAGUUUCCUAAAUAGGCUCCACACAAAUAAUAUGAUUUUCCAAGGGCUCAGCACCCAGCAGCCUCCACUGGCACUCUUAUGGCUGGAUUCCCAAGAGAUCAGUGUCCAUUGGGCGUGUAAUGCACCAAGAACUUGUACAAAUCUGGCCCUUCUUUAGGUGCCUAAUAGUACGUCUGCUCUGCAGCUGGCAGGGUAGUUCCCAGCCUGGGUAGACAGACUUGCUCAAACCACUGUGGUGAAAAUAGCAGUCUGGCCACAGCAGAAUGGCUAGUGGCUCAAGCCAGCUGUGCAAAUACGUCGGGCAUAACUGCACUCGGAGGUCAGCCUGAGCUCUCACCUGUGCCACCGUGGCCACACCGCUAUCCUUCAGUGCGCUACAUUGAGCAACUACCCUCCCAGCUGCAGUGUGGACGUACCCUAAAUGGGAGCUCGGCUCUUCUGAAAAUGUGGCCCCAACCGGGGGUGAUGAACACUUGAGAAAUGGCCUUCAGGAGCUAGCGCAUCUCCCUGCUGCCUCAGUAUUUUAUCCAUCACUGCAUCUUAUUGCUUGACAACAUCAUACUGAACGGUAAUUUGGGACCAGAUCCUCAGCUAAUGUAAAACAGCAUCGCUCCACUGACGCCAAUGAACUGAGGCUGAUUUACUCUAGUUGAGGAUCUGGCCCUUGGAGGACAUGAAGUGAAUCAUGAAUGCUCACAAUGUGGCUCCCUCAAGAAAUAAGACCAGGAAAUCCCUGUGGCUGAAUUUCCAGACUCUAGAACAGCUCAAGCUUAGUCACCUUCCUCCAAACUGUGCACUUUCUGAUCCUGCACAUCCCAAACUCCCAUUGAUUUAAGUGGAGUAGUGCUGGGUGCACAAGGAAUUCAAGAUCUGGCCUUGUUAACUCAGCAUUUGUGGAGCAGUAAGCUGCAUCGUGAGUGCACUGCAAACGCUUCAUGCAGCACGAUACACCAUGAUUAGUCCCCUGAUUGGUGUGGCUUUGAUACCUCUUAAUGUUGUUUGGCUCCUCAUUUAUAAUAACAAUUCUAGACUCAUCAUGAGUAGAUCCCAAUGUGCUUUACCAAGGAGGCAAGUAACGUUAUCUCAAUUUUACAGAUGGGGAAACUGAGGCACAUAGCGGUAAAGUCUCUCACCAAGAUAACCCAGCAGCAGAGCUGGGAACAGAACCCACGUCUCCAUCCAGUGCUCUAUCUACUAGAACAUGCUAUGUAGUGGAUAUUUAGUUACUGAUAUAAUUUCUCAACUUCUCUGGCUUGUGCCAGAACCUUUUGUUGAUUUCACGUGGCUGAAAAGUAAAUUCCAGUUGUUGUGGUUAUUUCAUGGACUGUUCUGCUUCAUCUUUGCUCUAACCGUCCACUGGCUACAGAUGAACAGAGGGCAGCAGCUUACACUUCCUUGGUUACCAAAAGCUAGGAGAGAGACCUGAGAAAGCAAUCAGCCCAAGCACUGUGCUAGCUGAACAAACGAAAAAAAAGUAGCAAAAUAAGUGGGCUGAAACUGACCACAGCGGCAAGUGCAGCUUUCCGAGCAACCCAUUCUGAUCUAUUUUUAAACGAUUGGCCCUUUACAGCAAACAUGGCUGUUUGUCCGUAGCCUGUGGUUUUAUAA